AUGAAUACAGAUUUUAAAAUCGAAAAGGAUCAGUUGCCACGAGUUGUUGUUGUUGGUGACCAGAGUGCUGGUAAAACAUCGGUAUUGGAAAUGAUUGCACAAGCCCGAAUAUUUCCAAGAGGCAGUGGGGAGAUGAUGACUCGUUCUCCAGUUAAAGUUACCCUUUCUGAAGGACCAUAUCACGUAGCUUCAUUUAAAGAUAGUUCGCGUGAAUAUGACCUUACGAAAGAAUCUGAACUUGCGUCCCUUAGAAAAGAGAUAGAGAUGCGUAUGAAAGCUCUUGUUAGCGGUGGAAAAACAAUCAGCACUGAAGUAAUCUCACUGAAUGUAAAAGGUCCAGGACUUCAGAGAAUGGUUCUUGUCGAUUUGCCUGGGAUCAUAUCUACUGUGACUGCUGGCAUGCAAUCAGGUACCCGUGAAACUAUACAGGAUGUUGCACGACAGUAUAUGAAUAAUCCAAAUGCAAUAAUAUUGUGUGUCCAAGAUGGAAGUAUCGAUGCAGAGCGUAGCAAUGUGACAGAUUUAGUCUCUUCUGUAGAUCCAUCAGGCAAACGGACAAUAUUUGUUUUAACAAAAGUAGACCUGGCCGAAUCCAAUAUGCAUAAUCCUGAUCGAAUCAGACAGAUAUUAGAAGGGAAAUUAUUCCCAAUGAAAGCACUCGGCUACUUUGCUGUAGUUACUGGAAAGGGUAAAAAAGACGAAAGUAUAGAAAGCAUUAAAGAAUAUGAAGAGAAUUUCUUCCGUCAUUCUCGUUUAUUCAAAGAGGGGACACUGCGUAUGUCUCAGAUGACAACAGCCAAUCUUAGUAAGGCUGUAUCAGAAAGAUUUUGGAAAAUGGUAAGAGAUUCAGUAGAACAACAAGCUGAUACUUACAGAGCUAUCCGGUAUAAUCUUGAAACUGAAUGGAAAAAUUCUUUCCCUCAUUUACGUGAAAUGGAUCGUGAAGAAUUAUUUGAAAAAGCGCGUAACAACAUUUUAGAUGAUUUAAUCUCGCUAAACGGUAUCAGUUCAACAGUUUGGGAAAAAAGUAUCCGCUCAGAAUUAUGGAAUAAAUUGAAAGACCAUAUAUUCACUAAAAUAAUUGAACCUUCACAACAUAUUGAUAAUCUUGGAACAUUUCAAACAAACAUUGAUAUAUGGCUUCGUGAAUGGGUUGAAAAUGAUCUACCAAAGGAUUCAAUAAAAGCUGGUUGGUUGACACUAUAUAAUCAAUUGGAUAGUAAAUUGAAAACAGUACAAAAUGCACCAGGUCAUGAUCCACUAUUUGAUCCAUUAAAAGAAGCUGUACAUCAAGAGACUAGAAAACGUCACGAUUGGGAUCCUAAAGCAGAAUCUAGAUUACGUGUUAUACAAUCCAAUGCAUUAGAUGAUCAUACUGUGCAUACUAAAGCUCAGUGGACUGCGGCAGUGGAUCUUUUUGAGCAAGCAGUUAAGGAUAGACUAAAAGACGUGAACCAGUCAAUCGCUGCAAAUUUUGGUCCAGGAUGGUUGGAACAGUGGACCCAUUGGAAAAGGCGUACUCCAGAAGAACAAGCUCGUCUGCAAACUGCUAAAGAAAUUGAAAAUUUACUCAUCUCACUUCCAAAACCGACUGCGCAUAUUACACCGGACGAUCUGACAACUGUUAGACGCAAUUUACAAGCUCGUAAAGUGCCUGUGACAGAUAAAAUGAUUAAUGAAAUCUGGGAGCCUUUAGUGAGACGUUUGUAUCUUGAACGAUCACUGUACACUUGUCAAGAAUGUCGUAAAGGCUUUUACUAUUAUCAACAUGGCUUUUUAAAUACCUCUUCAUUUGAUAAAACUAAUUCAAAUAUGUAUUCCUCUGAUAUGACUGAACGAAAUUCGAAUGUUGUUGAACAAUACAGUGCAGAUAAGGCUAUUUUAUCAUCUGAAUUCCCAGAUUGUCGUGAAGUGAUAUUUUUCUCUCGAUUAAUUCGUAUGAUAGAUGCAACUAGUAAUGCACUUAGACAACAAAUAAUGAAUGAUGAAGCAAGACGUUUAGAACAUCAUGUGAAACAUGUUUUGAAUGAAAUAUCCAAUGAUCCUCUUCGCUUAAAGAAGUUAAUCACUGGCAGACGUGUACAAUUGGCUGAGGAUCUAAAUCGAACAAGACACAUACAGGAGAAACUAGAAGAAUUUAUCGCGGCUUUAAAGGCCGGGGAAUAG